AUGUCGCCCAAGAUCACCUCCACCAUCACCUACAGAAAGCCAGGAACUUCACCUCCCAUUUUCCUCGCCGGCUCCUUCUCCGAUCCACAAUGGGAGCUCCAAGAGAUGGAAUAUACCACUGGUGAGGAUGGAGAGCACACUUUCCGAUCCAAGGUCACAGUCGAGGCGCACCAGGACUACCAGUUCAAGCUCCGCAUAGGACAUGGCGACUGGUGGGUUCUGGCCGAAAACUAUCCCAUCGUAACCGACGAUUCCGGGAACCAGAACAACUUAUUGAACGUCCCCGAGCCUUCCACCGAGGAGCAGAUCGCUCCCGCUGGCCUCAACACCCCAGCGAUCAACGUGAAACAUGACACGCAGCCGGCCCCGACCUCUCAGGCAGCUGACAAUACUAAGGAUGAAUCCGAUGAUAUAAAGAUGCCUCUGUUUGCGCACGAAUGCUUGGGCGCCUAUGAUUUUGGAGAUGGCGACUCAGACCACGAGGCUGUUCCGAGUGCGAGCAAUAGCCCAGAGCAGCAUUCGAAACACAAGCUCAAGAAGGAUGACAUGGCUGACAUCGACAUCAACGACCCCACGCUCGAGAAGUUUCCUUCAGACCGUGGCUCGAUCCUAGAUGCCCUCCGGACGAUCCAAACCCACCUCGGUGAAGAUCAAACCCACCUUGAUGACAUCCCGUCCUCGCCUCGUGUGGUUUCUUCGAGAAGAACCAGCCUCGACUCGGCCGAUGAAUUGAGCCUUUCUCCUGCCCCAUUGAGUCCCACAACUACUCGGAGGCGAGAAAGCAGAUUGUCCCACAGCAGCUUUGGAAGGACUCGAUCGGCAGUCUCCCUGGGUUCAAUUGCCGAAGAGCCCAAGCCUCCAGGUGACAGAAAGCCCCAGAGCCCCCCUGUCGUCUCGUUGCCCGGUCUCAAAAAUCCCAAGGGGACAGAUGCUGGCUUCAAGUCACCUCCAAGCGAGGAAGAUGAAGCUGUGGUGUUGAAAACCUCAGAGGUAAAGCCCAAAGAGAAGAACGAAAGCUUGUCAGUGUCUCAAGUUGAAAGUUAUGAGGCCCAGAAUGGUCACUCCGGCACGGGUUUGAGCAUUGCCGCUGCGGGCGAGACGUCACCAGCUGCAAGUGCCCAAGAGGCUGAAAGCCAAGCGGACAAAUCCGUGGAAGACCAAACCCCCGCAAGCUCAAAACCAACACUUGAUCCCCCAUCUCAAGACGAGCCCAUUGCUUCGGCCUCGGAAAAGGGGAAAGCGCCUAAUGGGGCAUCGCCCGCUGGAGAGCCGUCUCGAAGCUCCCGCGGGAGUGUACUACCCAUGAUCGUUACGACCGGGGCACUCGCAGUCGCUAUUGGAAUAGGAUGGUGGCAAGCUUCUGAUUAG